CCGCCCUCUCUCUCACGCCCAAUUGCACACAACACGUUGAUGUUCUGCCAUUCAAGCUUUCUGCCUGGUCUAUUUUCGCGUCUUAUGAAUCAAUAUAGCUUUUGAUUUAUUGUCUACAAUGUCUCGAGCGGCUAAGCUCGCUGAGCUAAGGGCUCUGCGGGCGUCAGGCAAGAAGCGCCUCACUACCUACGAAGUCGAAGAAGAAAAAUCGAUAUAUGACGAAGUUGACGAAGAUGGUUAUAAAAAAGUUGUUCGGAAACGCCUGGACGAGGACGAUUUCGUUGUCGAUGACAAUGGGGAGGGGUACGCAGAUGACGGUCGUGAAGUCUGGAAUGACGAACGAAUGGAAUACAGCGAAAGCGACGAGGAGGAGCUUCCUGCCCGAGGCAAAGCUGCAAAAAGGAAACGUGAGGAAGAAAAGCAGCGACAGGAGAAGAUGAACAACGGCAUCACAAAGUAUUUUAAUAGUGGUACCACUGCCGCUACUCCAAAGCCGAGGCCUGUUGCAACCGCUGAAGACGAGGCUUUCAUGGCUGAUAUUUUGGGCGGCGUCGAUACUAAUAUAAUACCAUCUCGCGUUCCAACAAAAAACAUCGUCAAGUCGGACACGCGUCGCAAAGUCCGUAUACUUUCCCCUCCGUUAUCCGAAAAAUCACAGACGCCCAAACCUCGCAUGCGAAAAAAGGGAGAUGACACCCCAAUGCUAAUUAAGCAUGAAUCGGACGUUGAUUUAGAUGACGACGAUGGUCCUCUCCCUCUAGCUGACGAUGACGACAACGUGCCGAUGAGCGACGCUCUCCCCUCGUCACCUAUAUCAAAAGUUGUGGAAAGGAAGACGUCUAAAUUUGAACAAGAGGAUGACGAUGACAUGAUGGAUGUGGCUCAAGCCACUGGCCAUAUUGAUAGCAAAGUCUCUAAUGUCAAUAUGACUGGCAGUCGCCCUCCACCACCCAAGAUCAAAAAGGAGGCGUACCCUUCACCUUCUAGCUCUUCGCCUCCACGAGCUCCCGCCGAAGUCGAGGCUUCGUGGGACAAUGUGACAAGUAAACUCAACGUUUUGAGCAGCCCUGCUACAGAAAGCUUCACCUUUGGAAAGGUGCGGGCACAGGAUGUUGUUGAAGACGACGGCAGUAUUCAGAUGUUCUGGCUCGACUACGCUGAGGUCAACGGCAGCUUAUGUCUGUUUGGAAAAGUGAAAAACAAAAAGACCGGCUCUUAUGUCAGCUCUUUUGUCAAGGUUGACAAUAUUCUGCGCAAGCUCUUCUUCCUGCCCCGUGAACAUCGUCUCCAGAACGGCAGAGUCACUGAUGAAGAGAUCGAAUUGGAAGACGUGUACAAAGAGGUGGAUGAAUUGAUGUCUAGGCUCAAGGUGGGUAUGCACAAAAUGAAACCUUGCACCCGCAAGUAUGCUUUUGAGUUGAAAGGCGUCCCCAAGGAAGCAGAAUAUCUGAAACUUCUUUACCCUUAUGACAAGCCCGUAUUACCUAUGGAUACAAAAGGCGAAACAUUCUCUCACGUAUUCGGUACCAAUACCGCACUCUUCGAACAGUUCGUCCUCUGGAAACGUAUCAUGGGGCCCUGCUGGCUGAAGAUUGAAGAGGCAGACUGCAACGCGGUCAACAAUGCGUCAUGGUGCAAGUUCGAGUGUCAGGUUACAAAACCCAGCUUGAUCACCACCCUUCCGGACUCGGAUCUUGAAACUCCCUCUCUUACAUUGAUGAGUCUGUCCUUUAGAACUCAACUCAACGUCAAAGAAAACAAACAGGAGAUUCUGGUCGCGAGUGCUCGUAUAUACGAGAACAUUUCUUUGACUGAGACUACGCCGCCGGAAAAGCUUCCGUGUAAGACAUUCACUGUGAUGCGUCCCUCUGGUGCUGCCUAUCCGAUUGGUAUCGAAGCCGAAGUCAGGAAACAACGUGGUACUUAUAUGCUAGAGAAAACUGAGCAAAUCCUCCUGAGCAAAUUUUUAGCCCUCUUUGAGAGGAUGGAUCCAGAUAUUCUAAUAGGACACCAGCUUCAAGAAGUGGAAUUGAGCAUUCUUCUGAACCGUCUACGGGAAAAGAAGACACCAGGCUGGUCUCGCAUUGGUCGAUUCAAACGUUCUGAGUGGCCAAAGAAUUUUAAUAAAGGUGGCGGGUUCUUUUCGGACAGGCAUCUUAUUUCCGGUCGCUUGAUGUGUGACCUUGCUAACGAUAUGGGCAAGUCCCUUAUGCUGAAGUGUCAAUCGUGGAGCUUGACAGAGAUGUGUCAACUCUACUUGGGUGAUGAUCACAUGCGCAGUGAACUCGAUAAUGAAGCCGCAUUGAAAACGUGGGCUACAACAAAAGAAGGAUUGAUGAAGUAUGUUACUCACUGCGAAGCCGAUACGUAUUUUAUUGCCGCGCUGUCACUACGGCUUCAGAUGCUUUCGCUUACCAAAGUCCUCACCAACUUGGCUGGUAAUUCGUGGGCGAGAACGCUCAGCGGAACUCGAGCUGAGCGAAACGAGUACAUUUUGCUUCAUGAAUUCCAUCGUAACAAAUAUAUCUGCCCAGACAAGUAUUCGAUGAAGCAACAAAAAGCCGAGGAAAGGAUGGAUGAUGAGGAAGACUCGACCGACAAGAAGAAAAAAGAGAAAUACAAGGGUGGUUUGGUUUUCGAGCCCGAAAAGGGACUCUAUGAUCGAUUCGUUCUUGUCAUGGAUUUCAACAGUUUGUAUCCAAGCAUUAUCCAGGAGUUCAACAUUUGCUUCACGACUGUUGAUCGAACUGCCACAGCUGAAAAUGAGAACGAAGAGAAGGUUCCGGAAGUCCCUUCAUCCGAUCAAGAACAGGGAGUUCUACCACGACUGAUUUCAACCCUCGUUAGUCGCCGACGAGAGGUUAAGAAGCUCAUGAAAGACAAGCGAGCGACGCCUGAACAACUUGCCUUAUGGGAUACCAAGCAGUUGGCUUUGAAGCUUACAGCCAACUCUAUGUAUGGUUGUUUGGGUUACACGCAAUCUCGCUUUUACGCUCGCCCACUCGCUAUGCUUACAACAUUUAAAGGGCGAGAAAUCCUUCGUAACACGAAGGAACUGGCUGAGUCUAAGCAGCUGCGCGUUAUAUAUGGCGAUACUGAUUCGGUUAUGAUCAACACAAAUAUGGACACCAUCAGCGACGCUCUGAAGGUUGGAGAAGAGUUCAAGAUCUCCGUCAAUGAGCGUUAUAAGCUCUUGGAAAUUGACAUUGACAAUGUCUUCCGACGCCUCCUACUUCACGCUAAGAAGAAGUAUGCUGCUAUUAAUAUGACUGAAGUUGAUGGCAAAUAUAUCGACAAGCUUGAGGUCAAGGGUCUUGAUAUGAAACGACGUGAAUAUUGUGCUCUAUCCAAGGAAGUUUCGAAAAAGCUAUUAGACGAGAUCCUUUCCGGUGAGGACUCGGAAGUUGUCCUCAACAAGGUCCAUGAAUAUCUCCAGGACAUUACAGCUCAGAUGAAAGACUACAAAGUUCCAGUACAGAAAUACGUUAUCUAUACAAAACUUUCCAAACGGCCGGAAGAGUAUCCAAACAAGGAGACAAUGCCCCCUGCUCAAGUUGCUCUUCGAGAGAUUGCUCGGGGCAAAACAGUACGACCUAAUGAUGUCAUAUCGUAUAUCAUCACCAACGGUGACUCGGAAACCGCUAGUCUACCUCCACCUAAACGAUCAUACACUCUGCAGGAUGUUAUCAAAGCUGGCUCUGAGCUUAAACCUGAUGUUGAAUACUAUCUACUUAAGCAAAUAUUCCCUCCCAUCGAACGUUUAUGCGCCCCUAUUCCAGGAACAGAUGCUGUCCGCAUUGCAGAAUGUCUCGGUCUGGAUGUACGGAAAUACCAGAUCAACACGAAUCGUUCCAGCAAUCAGCAAAACUCUGAAAUCCACCCAUUAGAAUCUCAGAUUCCAGAUUCGGUGCGCUUCGAAAGCGCCGCUCGUCUUAACCUCCGAUGUCGACACUGUAGUAAAUCCAGCAUCUUUGAGGGCUUGAUAUCGUCACCCAAAAUGUGCACACCACACGGCUUGGUGUGUCCAAACGAGGCAUGUGCUAAGCCGUUCUCCACCGUCUCCAUCGUUGCGCAGGUGGAAAGCCAAAUCCGUGCCCAGGUAGCUAGAUACUAUGAAGGUUGGCUUGUUUGCGAUGAUUCUUCCUGCGGCAACCGCACAAGGCAAAUGAGCGUUUACGGCCAUCGGUGUCUCGGCCCCCGAGGUCGCGCAGAAGGUUGUCUGGGUCGGAUGAAUUACGAGUACACUGAGAAACAAAUGUAUAACCAGCUUCUCUACUUCUCCGGUCUCUGGGAUGUCGAGAAGGCCAAAUCUGCGGCUGACAAGGAGGCCGCCAGUGCGAAGGAUAGUAUUAAGACUCUUGCCGAGUAUAACCGAACAAGGUUCGACACAGUCAAGGGCGUGGUGGAUGGAUAUCUGAGGAAGUGCGGACGACAAUGGGUUGAGAUGGAUUCUUUGUUCAAAUUUAUGAUAGCUUAAGCUGGUUGGCUUGUUUUGUUCAUUAUUCAUACUUACGGUUGUUUUGCUUGGCUAUCAGAGUGAUAAUAUUUCAAUUACGAUGUUUUAUGUUCAUUUUUCUAUUAUGCUUCUUAAAAGCGUAGAUUCUAUAACGCAUAACUACUCUCAUGGAUGAUGCUAUAGAGUAUAUUCAUUAUUUCGAAUCAUCAGCCAAACCUAAA